AACAUGUCCAUUUACUUGUCAAACGUAACCUGAAUUGUCCAUCGAGAGAUAUGCAAAAGUGGCUUUUAAAUUUUGUAUUUCGAUCAUUAAUUUAUUGUUGAAUUUUCAAAUUUUUUGUUGUAAAUUGUGCACACAUCGCAAUUAAAUGUAUUGAAUAUUUAUGCGUAUUGAGACAGUGAUUCAUGCAGUUUCAUGUAAAAAACAAACCAAAGUAAAAAUGGUAGAUAUAAGAAGUAAUUCUUCUAUCAUUGGAGAAAAUGAUUCACAUUACGAGUCAAGAAUACGAGCGAAUAGUUCUGGUACAGGAACGUCGACACCAUCAUCUUCUUCUGACUACUUGACAGGAGAAGCAGAUGAUAGCUCUGACAGCAAGGGAACUAUUCCGAUCAGCUUAAAAUCAGUGGAGACCACACUCUCAUUAUCCAAAGAUGCCUCUGAAGAGGAUCUUAAAGAAAUGGUACACAAGUGUAAGUUGAUGGUGCUGGAGAGCGCCGAGUGUUCAGAUGAGCGUAAAUGGCUUGUCCGACGGCUAAUCGAGUUACGUUUACGCGCGCAGGAGUUGCGCGAGACCUCGGACGAAAAUCUUUUCGAAACUCGUGUCAUUCUCGGGCAUCACUUUGUGCCACAGAAAUACUAUAUCACUACAUCUGGUCCGGUUUACUGCGAUCACUGCAGCGGAGCAAUUUGGGCGAUGUUGCAAUCGUGGUAUAUGUGCAGCGAUUGCAAAUUUAGUUGUCACUGGAAGUGUCUGAACAACGUGUGUCGUGUUUGUGUGCAUGUAAUCGCCAGCGAGGCUGGCGGUUACACCCAUACGAAGGAUAUCUGUCCAGAGCAAGGCCUUUCGAAACAGAGCUAUCGUUGUGCGGAAUGCAAAGUGAGAAUAACAUUCACUUUCUCGAAAGGAUUAUCACUAUCUUGCUUCGGCAGUUCCUUUAAACAUACAGAGUCAGCGUGGGUGGAGCCGCGACUUUGUGACUAUAGCGGUCUGUAUUACUGUCAAAGAUGCCAUUGGAAUACAGCCAUGGUUAUUCCUGCGAGAGUAAUCAGAAACUGGGAUAUGGAACCGCGUCUGGUGUCCCGCGCCGCAGCGCAACUUCUUAUACUUUUGGAAGAUCGUUCAGUAUUGCCGUUGGAAGAAUUAAACCCGAAACUUUUCACUCUGGUCCCGGAUCUGUCGCUUGUGAAGCGAAUGCGAGGGGAAAUGCAAAUGAUGAAGAGAUACUUGGUUCUGUGCUUAGACGCUUGUGCUCAAGGAUUACCGUGGAAAAUCGGACUGCGCACACACAUGAUCGAGAAUUCAGGUAACUAUUCCAUUAAGGAUCUCAUCGAUCUUCAGAGUGGCAUUCUUCUGGAUGAGCUUCGGACUGCAUAUGAUACGAUGCAUGCGCAUAUAACGCAGCAAUGCCAGCUCUGUAAAGCAAGGGGACACUUAUGCGAGAUAUGCGGCAACGAUGAGAUCAUUUAUCCGUGGGAUGCGAGCUCGAUUAUCUGUCCGCAGUGUUCGGCGGUGCAUCAUCGCGUUUGCUGGGCCAAACGCAAUCAUUGCUGUCCACGUUGCGCGCGUUUGCAAAAACGUCACGCUUUACGAGGACAAGAUAUUGCCGAAGACUGUGAUACAGACGAAACCGCGAAAGACUCUUGAAUGAGAGUGUCAUGAAAUGCUGCAAAGCAUUGUAGAAUAUUAUUCGUACAAUCGUGUAAUGAUUUAUAUACUUUGUACCUGUUAUUUUUUUAAGCAGAUCAAAGCAAUUUUAGCCUGUCAUUUUUAUAUAUAUCCAUCACUACAUAUAUUAAAGAUUGUGUAACAUCUACUUGCGCUAAUAAGUGAUUUUGUAAUGCUAGUUUAAUUAUUGAGUUUAUCAAGUAAAUGUAUUUAUUUUUACCAUAUUUCUUAAUAAUCGAUAUAUAUCCGGUCGCAUUUUUUAUUAGUUAAAUGUGCGAAGUAUCAAAAAUAUAUUUUAUGUACACAAAUAAUAUAGUUGUUUAUAAACGCUGCAGGUUAACGAUUAAUUGAUGUUAUAUUUCUAUUUUUCGCACAGAGAAGAUAGCUGAUAAUAAAUCAUCCGGCGUAUUAUACAAAUGUGUAAUGCGUACCAUUUUAUCGUAUAAUGAUCUAAAAAUAAACAAAGAAAAAGAAAGAUAAAUGUGAAGUCCACGUUAAAUUUACCAAUUAACGAUAUGCAUCGUUUUUACGUACUCGAGCCUUUAUACUUUUGCUACUUGUACAUUUGUUUAGAUAAUGCGGCAUGAUAUAUAUGCUAAUAAAAUUUUUUUGAGAGUA